GAGCCACCGGACCCAGGGCUAAGCAAUCUCCCGCCCGGACCCUCAAGUUUUGUUAGAGGUCCGGCUCUCCCCAGGUCCCGCCGCUGCUGAGACGCUCAGGUUUGAAACAUGAAUUUGUACCUGUGUUUAGCUUGCCUAUGCUUGGGGAUAGUAGCUGCUGCUCCACAACUUGACCGGACUUUAGAUGCUCGAUGGUACCAAUGGAAGUCACAGCAUGGAAAAACCUAUGCAGCAAAUGAAGAUAAUUGGAGGAGAGCAACAUGGGAGAAGAACUUGAGAAUGAUUGAAAAGCACAAUCUGGAAUAUAGCACUGGUAAACAUAGUUUCCACAUGAAAAUGAACGAGUUUGGCGAUAUGACCAAUGAUGAAUUCAGACAAAUGAUGAAUGGCUUUAAACAAAACAGAUUUCAAAGGAAGAACAAAGGAACUCUGUUUCGUGAACCUCACCUUGAACAGAUCCCAAAAUCUGUAGACUGGAGAGACAAGGGCUACGUCACUCCUGUUAAGAAUCAGGGUCCGUGUGGUUCUUGCUGGGCAUUUAGUGCAACUGGUUCCCUGGAAGGCCAGUGGUUCCAUAAAACAGGCAAACUUGUUUCACUUAGUGAACAGAAUUUGAUUGACUGUGCUACAGGUGGGGGUUCCCAAGGCUGUAAUGGUGGCUUCAUGGAUAGUGCUUUUGAAUAUGUGAUGUUAAAUGGAGGCAUUGAUACAGAAGAAUCAUAUCCCUAUGAGGCAAUGGAUAGCGACUGUAGGUAUGAGCCAGAAAACUCUGGUGCUAAUGUCACUGGAUUUGUGGACAUCCCAUCUGGGCAGGAAAUGACUCUCACAAAGGCUGUGGCCACUGUGGGUCCCAUCUCUGUUGGAAUUGAUGCAUCACUUUUCUCCUUCCAGUUCUAUCAUGGUGGUGUUUAUUAUGACCCGCUCUGCAGUAGUGAAUUCCUCGAUCAUGGCGUGCUGGCUGUGGGCUAUGGUGUUGAUGAAGAAACGGGAAAGAAAUACUGGAUUGUCAAGAAUAGCUGGGGUGACCAGUGGGGCAAUGAUGGGUACAUUUUAAUGGCCAGGGACAAAAGUAACCACUGUGGAAUAGCGACAGCUGCCAGCUUUCCUGAAGUAUGACGUGAUUGACAGACAACUGCUUCACAGAGAUGGGAUCUGACCUGUAUCAUUUGGGUUCAAACACUUGAAUUGCCCAUGAUCCAAGUUGUAAUUUGAGUUUCUUCUGACAUUUUUACAUGUGUGAAAU